CCUGGUUACAUCGUCGCUUGGCUUCCUCUGUCUGUCAGCUGUGCUUUUUACAACAACAGAAACGGCCAGGAGGAUAUUUGAAUGGUCGUGGAAGAGGGUUCAAAGAAAGACAUAAAGGCGGCGCUGUGAAUCUCAGAUGACAAAGGAGAAAACAGAGAGCCAAGAUGGAUGAUUUCAGGCGGACGUACCUGCGUCUGUGUAAGGAGGGAGGAGUGGAGCCUCAGGAGAGCAUUGUCGCUCAUCUUCAGGAGAGCAGGAUGUCUGCCCAUGGCUGCAGACUGGACCUGAGCGGACAGAGUCUGACUGCAGAAACCUGCUCUAUGCUGGCCCAGGCCUUUCAGAAUGACACCGUGUUUACAGAGGUGUCGUUAAGUGAAUGCUUACUCAGUGAGGAAGCUGCCAAAGUACUUCUGACUGGACUGUUUGGUAACACAGCAGUGAAAGUCCUGGAUUUAAAGGGGAAUAACCUGAGAUCGAAAGGGGCGGAGGUGCUGGGGAAACUACUGGCACGGAACAAGACUCUGCGUAGGCUGGUGCUGGAGUGGAACGCUCUUGGGGUUUGGGACGAAGCCUUCUCGCUCUUCUGUGAAGGUUUGGCUGCUAACAGUGUGCUGACAGAGCUAGACCUGCGAAACAACCAGAUCAACCAUAAGGGAGCAUCAGAGCUGGCUCUGGCACUCAAACGCAACAAUACAGUGAAAGUCUUAGAUCUGAGGUGGAACAACAUCGGCCUGCUGGGUGGUCGGUCUCUUCUCGAGGCUCUGCAGAAGAACAAGAGCCUAGUGAAGGUGGAGACGACAGGGAACAACAUACCUGGUGACAUACAGCGGGCUCUCGAGCAGACGACAGUGCACAACUCAGACAGACAGUCUACCCUGAGAGACAGCCACAGCAAGACGCAGGUCCUCAGCAAGGAGAUUCAAAAACUGAAGGAAGAGAAGGGCCGGCAGUUCAUAAGUCUGAUGGAAACCAUAGACAGGCAGAGGGAGGAGAUGGGACACUCCAACAGGUCUACCUCCAUUCAGAUCGGCCAGCUCCAGGAAGCUCUGAAUGAGAGGAAGUCAGCUGUCAACUCUCUCACUGCAAAACUGCAGAUGACAGAAGCUGCCCUUGCCCUCUCUGAGCAGAAAAACCACAACAUGGGAGAGCUGCUGACUCGAGCGAAGGCAGAGAAAGAAGAGCAGAGGGAACGACAGAGCAGAGAAAGGAAGAAGGAGCAGGAGGACAACGUACUCCGAGAGGGCAAACUGCUGAGAGAAAACCAGAACCUGGCAGAGACCAAUAUCCAACUCAGGAACAAAGUGGAGGAGCUGGAGCGCAGGUGUAAGUCUCAGCAGCAGCAGAUUUUCGAGGUGAAGCAGGAGCUGACCAACAGCACAGCCGAGCUCAAACUGAGACUAGCUCAGGCAGAAGAUCGCCUGGAAAUUGAGAAGCGAAGGUCCAAGCAGGCUCUGGACGACAUGGAUAGUCUGCGCCAAAAGGAGGUGGAGCAUGUGAACCGGCAUCUUGAGGAGACGGAGAGAACCCUGCAGGAGCGCAUCUUCAAACUGGAGGGGCAGCGGAUACAGCUGGAGGAGGAACUGAGUAAAGCUAAAGCGGCCUGUGUGACUGAGAGGGCCCAGGCUGAGGAGGAGCUGGGGCGAGUGCGAGCUCAAGUCCGCCAGGAGGAGCAGGAGCAUGUGUCGUCAUUGGAGGAGAAGCUCCGCUCAGUGCGCUCUUCACUGCAGGAGGUGCAGCUGCACAGUUCCCAGCAGAAACAGACCAUCAGCGAGCUGCAGGCCAAGAACAGCCAGCAGAGCAUCGAGAUGGACGGACUGAGGCGUAGGAUUGAGGAGCUUCAGCAGGACCUGUCGGGUAAGGACCAGGAGAGGGUGGCCGAGGUGAGCCGGGUGAGGGUGGAACUGCAGGAGCAGAUCGGACAUUUACAGGCAGAGAGGACGGCGCAGGGGGGACUCAAAGAGAAGAUCAGUGCUCUAGAGAGAGAGAUUAAAGUACUGAGCAGUAACCACAGAGAGGCGCUCCUGGACAAAGAGAGCGAGAUGUCUUCCAUGCUGGAGAAGCUGCGGCUUAAAGACGCUGAGAUCCAGAGGAUGAGGGAGGAUGAGGCUAACAGAGCCAGCUACCUGCAGAGCGCCAUCCUCAACUACGUCCAGGGCUCACCGCUGGGACACUUCAGCAGCCCGAAGAAAUGAUCAGAGGGACAAAACGCCUCACUGUGAACUCUCGCUGUGCUUCUGCAGAGGUUUGGACAGUCUGAAGGAGCAAAGAUACUCUAAUUGUGUGGACAAAGAGGGAAGGGAGUGAAAAAUCAAGAGAGAGGCAGAAACAUGGGGGGAUAACUGGUGCUGUGAUCAUAUAUAAUACAAUAUGCCGAGAAAGCCAGAAUAUGAAGUCUACCCAAAGUGCUAGUGAAGUUUUUUUAUUAUCUAGGUAAUAAUUCUGCUGUUUAAUUAAUACACCACUUUGAUUUUUUGCAUUUCAUGAACACUUUUAACCUGACACGCCAGAUGGAUUUGUUUCACACAUCCAUCUGGGAAAGCUUCAAUAGGAAACGUUUGAGAAAAGGCAGAGGAUUUGAAAAAAAACUCUGAGUGUGUUUGGAUGAAUGUUCUGUCUAUCACAUCUCUACGGGCCAAUAAGAGCAACAAAACACGUGAUAUAGCAGUUAUCGAGCUGCGUGUGCACAGCUACUAAGGAAUAACUCAAAAUAUGGCGACUAUAGGCAUGUAAGUACUCGACUUUUGUCGUUUUUGAAAAGAAAACAACUCACUGCUGUUCUUUGUUCUUCCUUUAACAAAGAAAUGUUGUCAAGUUCUGAUAAAACUGGGGCUUCAGCAGC